GUCGAUGUUUUGUCAUUCAACAGCUGACACUGUUAUUUUGAAAUUGCAAAUUUAAGUGCUAAUAAUGGAUUUCAUGGAUAAAAUCCGUGGAUUCCUGGGCUUUAAUCAUCGUCCGCCCUACGACAACAGAACAUUUGAUCAGAAUAUUCCACCAGCACAAGAUAACCAACCAAGAACGUUUGUGUUCAGCUUCGGUAACAGUACAUCAGAUCCUCGAAACUCUGAAGAACGACCCAGAAAUGAUUUCGACAUAUUCACGAACCCCGCGCACAUGCAACAAUUCUUUGAACAACAAAUGAGUGACAUGUUUAAAAGCUUUGGGUUUCCUGGCUUUGACAAUUUCUUUGGAUCAUUUGACUUUUCCAACAGCCCCCCCAUGAUUGAAGGUGGUUACUCAGAGCCAGAGGCCAACCCUGGGGACCUUCGAGAGCAUUUUCUUAAGAAAGGUUAUGAGCUCCCUGCUAGAAACAAUCAAGUUGACAAAGAUGUGGAUGGACAGGUGAAAAUUGAAGAAUUGGAUCAAAUGCUGGACAAAAAUUCUGCAACAAUGCCCUACAUUAAAAGUCAACCAGAGACAUUCUUCUUUGGACAGAGUUCAAGUACUUCUACAACAACUGGACCUGAUGGGUCAAUUCAAAUUAGGAAGACAAUUCGAGACAACCAGGGGAAUGAAGAAACCACAAUAACAAAAAAAUUAGGUGAUAAGGAGUACACUAUGAUAAAAAAGAGGGAUAACACUGGUAAAGAGGAAAUAACUGAAAACUUUGUAAAUAUAACAGAGUCAGAGAAAGACAAAUUCAUGUCAAAUAGUCAGUCACAAAUUUAUACACCACAAAUGAGAAUAGAUGGAUAUGAUAGUAAUUUAUUUGACAAACUUUUCAAAUGGUUGCUUAAAUGUUAAUGAAAAUAUUAUUUGCGGUUGUAUAUCUAUUACAAAACUGAGAUUGUGAUAAUUGUAAAUAGAUAUGAAAGACCAUACAAUUUGUAAAUAAAUUUUCGAAUAUUUUAAA